AAUGCGUGAGGCGGUGCGUGUCAGCGUGGGGGUCCCGCAAUGAGCCGCAGACCCCGGGACCCGCGCGCUGCCGGACGGGACAUGAGGACCGCCUGCGUCCUGACGCUGAGCGCGCUCAUCUGCGCGCGGACGGCCGGAGGAUCGCCGCUGGUCUCCGACCCGGAGGUUUUUCUUGAAAGGUACGGCUACCUGCAUCAGGACAACCACAUCCACAGUGCAGCAGAGAUGCAGUCAGCUAUCUGUGAGUUCCAGUGGCUCUCCCAGCUCCCCGUCACCGGUGAGCUCGACAGCGACACCCUGAAGCAGAUGGCGGAGCCUCGCUGCGGGGUGUCGGAUGGGGGCAGCCAGCACGUGUGGACCCGGGGAGUGAACGCCAUCUCCGCCGGAAAGAGCGCCGCUCUCAGGCGGCGGCCUCUGCGCAGGAGGCGCGCCGCCACGCAAGCGGAGAGGUGGUACAAGCGUCAUCUGACCUACCAGAUCGUGAACUGGCCUCGCCACCUGUCCCUGGGCUCCGUGCGGCUGGCGGUGCGCGUCGCCUUCCAGCUGUGGAGCAACGUGUCGGGCCUCGUGUUCCAGGAGGCCCCCGAGGGGCCCGCGGACAUCCGACUGGCGUUUUACGAGGGGGACCACAACGACGGGGCGAGCAACGCCUUCGACGGACCAGGAGGAACUCUGGCUCACGCCUUCCUGCCCCGCAGGGGGGAAGCCCACUUCGACAUGGCCGAGAGGUGGACGCUGAACGGACACAAGGGACACAACCUGUUCAUGGUGACCGCCCACGAGAUCGGCCACACUCUGGGACUGGAGCACUCCCCCGUCCGCCACGCCUUAAUGUCGCCGUACUACAGGAGGCUGGGCCGCAGCCUGGUGCUGAGCUGGGACGACAUCGCGGCGGUGCAGCAUCUGUACGGGAAGCCACCGGGCGAUCGGCCCGUGAGGCUGCCGGGCCAAGUUCUGCACGCCACCCUGCAGGAGUGGGAGUUCACAGAGCUUCACAGGGGGCACGAGACCACGGGGCAGCCCCUCUACUGCCAGGGGGUCUUUGAUGCCAUCACCAUGGACCAGAACGAGACGGUGCUGGUGUUUCGGGGCGGGGUGUACUGGACAGUUUCGGCUGGAGGUGGGGCGAGCGGGCCGCUGCCCCUCCGUCAGCGCUGGCCGGACCUCCCUGCGGCCAUCGAGGCGGCCGCCUUCUCCCCGCUGGACUCCAAGUGGUAUUUUUUUAAAGGGAAGCGAAUGUGGCGCUACUCCGGCAGUGUGCUGGACCAGGGCUUCCCCAGGAGGAGCGGCGGGUCGGGGCUGCCCCGACACCCGGACUGCGUCUUCUACUACGCUCCUCUGGGUCACAUGGUCCUCUUCAAGGGCUCCCGUUACUCCGUGCUCAACCUCAAAACCUUGCGCCAGGAGCCCUACUACCCUCGCCGGCUGACGGACUGGACGGGCGUGCCACAGGGGACCAAUGGGGCUCUGGCCCGACCCGAUGGACGCCUCUAUCUGUUCAGAGAACAGCGCUUCUGGAGGUUCGACCCGGUCAAAGUGCGAGUCACCAAGGAGGGCAAGUGGGCCGAGGAUCUGAGCUGGACUGGUUGUAGCCACGCGCCUCAGAGCAACAGCGUUCUUUGACCAGCAGAGGGAGCUGUGGGCCUUGAAGAACUUUUUCUUUGCGUACACUGUCAUUUGGUGCAGUGACUUUUUCACCCAGAACCCACAUUUGAGUUUAUAUGCAGCAAAGGGCGCUUAGCUCAUCAACCUCCUUCAAGGGUUUCAACGGAAAUAGAUUCACUUGCUUUCUACGUUUCAAAGCACAAGUAGUAUUUAUACUGCAGAUAAAUGUACAAUUAUAGCCUCAUUAAUAGAGCUCAUCGACCGGCUCCUGGUGGUUGGUGUGUGCCUCGGUCAGACCCUCAACAGGUCACGGGUCUCUCAGCGCGGCGAUGGUUUGGGCCUCCGUGUCAGACGUCAGUGAGACGGCGGCUCCUGUGUCCACGUUUGUUUCUGGAAACCUAAAGAAAUGCCUGGAAAACUUCACGGAAACACCACCGUUGAAGGCUCCGACCACUUCAUGAAUCUGCUUGAUAACACAACUAAAUACAGUAGCUGACGUUUUACUUUCAGUGAGACUCUACAUAAUAUAUUAUGUGUAUUCUUGAGGUUUAACAAUGUAUUUCCUUAUUCGAUAUUUGCAAAGCCAACUUUUAUUAUAGAAUGCUAGAAAAGGUCGUAACAAUAUUAGAAUGGCAUAUAAUGGUACGUCAUACAAAAGUGAUCAUUUGGUGAGGGAUUUACUUCAUUUAAUAUAAUAUGGUUUGAAAACGACACAAAAACUGAUAUGCCUUUUUUUACUUUAGUGUGACUUAUACUCGUUCAACGGGCCUUUUUCUGUUUAUGUCCCCAAAAAAUGUCAACAUUUUACUACUUCUUUAUCACAUUUUUCAACAUGCUACAAUACAACUUUGACUUGUUUGGUACCGUGCUUGAAAAUCUUUUUUCCUCUUGAAAAACAGGAAAAUGACAUGUGCAGUUUCACUAAAUAUGUAACUAUUGUAGAAAUGACUAGUUACAAAUAUAAACCAGUGGUUGUGUUUCCUACUAAUUCCGAUCUUUAUCAGACUCCCAGUGCAACCAGUGCUUCACCAACGUUGUCAUGGUGCUGAGCAUUAGGGGAGGUCCUAUUUCUGAUUCACAUCUGUCAAAGCAUGCAGAUGUGUUGGUCCGACCGUGAAUGGUUGUGGAGAGCUGUGCCAACAACGCUACAAAUGUAACCACACAUGUUUUACAAAUUCAAACAAUUCAAUUGUGUUUAGUGUGAGACUGGAGGCCCGACGCAAACAAUUGCCUGACAGCAUUGUGGUUACAAAUUUGGUGAUGUCCUUCAUUAGCUUUCACCCU